AUGGGGGACGAGCCUGCUGCUAAAGUUGGUGAGCCGUCGCAGCCCAGUUGUGUCCGAUGCAAUUCAAAGGAUUUACAUACCAUGUCAGAGGAUUCUGCUAAAACGUUGCUGGAACAUGUGACCGGUUGGGAGGUGAAAAAUGAGGGUGACAUUCUGAAAUUGCACAUGGCAUGGAAGGUGAAGAACUUUGUGAAAGGGCUUGAGUUCUUUCAGCUUGUUGCUGCUGUUGCCGAGGAAGAAGGUCACCACCCAGAUCUUCACCUUGUUGGUCGGAAUAAUGUGAAAAUUGAUGUGUGGACUCACUCAGUCAGCAAGUGUUCCACUGUUCCAUAUGGUUAUUUUGAGUUCAGAUUUCACUCUAGGAUUUCACGUAUUACCUCUGUUGAUUUCCGGGAAAAACGGAGCAGCAUUAAUAUAGUAGAUCAUUAAAUCCCUUGGGACCUGGAAAACCAAAUUUUGUGUUGUACUCUAUUCCGAACAGUAGUGAUUUACUAGUUAUUCAUUUGCUGCCUUAGGAACCCUGACGGGCUGACAAUGAUAUGAUGUGGACUAAUUAGAAGUCGUUCGAUCUUGCAAAAUUGGCAGGUACUUAGGUGCUUGAUGCCUGUUAUUGGCAGUUGGCCAUUGUCGUUGUUUAACUUAUUUUUUGUGUAGGGAAAUCCAAUCAACUUAAAUAAGGAGGAAAACAAGCCAUACAAAACUGAGUGAAAAUACCAAUUAUAACAGUGAAUUCGUCGUGAACUGAUGCUAAAAACAUAGGUAAAAUAGAGGACUCACCGGCACGUUUGUUUAUAGUUAUAUGGUGUCAACUUGAUUCACUCUGUUGGGAUGAUGGAUGUAAAAGGUGAGUGAGCUUCCGUCCAUCAGAAGUUGACAAGAAGACAGUCAAAGUGUACAAUACCUCUCACUUUUUUUGGUGCCAGAGGUGAAAACCUCCCAAACCAAGUGGCUGAAACAAAAGCCAGGGGGAUUCCUUCCUGUGGUGUCAACUCACACGCGGGCCUACAAAGUAGAGCAGAGCAUGUUCUAAUGCAGCAGAUCAGAGCAUGCACAAAAGAGAAGAGGAGUGUCAGGACCCAGUUGCAGUGUUCUCUCUGUUUUCGUGAUUCAGUUGAAUUCAGACUUCUAACCAUGGGCGUGAAGCUGUGGGAACCGUCCAUCUUCCAUCCAACGCUCCUGGUGGCUUCGUACCGCUUCGGAAAGCUACAGAAGACGUGGUGCGUUGAUCUUCCAUCGGACGGCUCUGGGUGGUCAAGGCGUCGCUGUUGAUCUCUCUGGAAAGCUCAACCACUCCCCUCUCCUCCAUGUGCGCUUCUCGCACCUUCUAGAGUCUUGUAAGGCUAUAUAGCCAGGUUUUGAGAGCCUGCGUGCUCAUGCUUAUCUUCUUGGGGUAAACCCUAGCCGCCGGUGUUCCCGGUUGGUCUCGCUUGUACCAAAACCUUAGUUAACUUUCCUCUAAAAUUCAGCCCUGAAGGUGCUAGUUC